GUGACUUGUAGUUUCUCAUUCAUUCUACAUUAGACAGCCGCGACUAGUUUGUUUUAGAAUACUAUUCAGACAUCAAACAGCGGGUUUUUUAAGUCGGUUCUAAUCAACUAGGUUUUGUUAUCUAGCUUCAAAAUAGUUACGACCUAGUUCCAAACCUAGAUCUUAACAUUGUUUUUAAUCAAAAUUGUUACUGUGUUCCAAAAACUGUGUACUUCCUAUUUCCUUGUAGUCAGAUAAAGUAUAAUAGAUAGUUGUUUAUUCGAAUACUUUUUACUGUAUCGGUGAUAUGCCUAUUUGUUUUGUAGAACAGAUAUUAUGAAAAUAUGGUCUGCGUCAGCUAGUCGAAACAUUUAUACGUUUAAAUAAAUUUAAUAAUAGUCAGUAAGCUAACUCAUGCAAUCUUCAGUACUGAGGAAUUUACAGACCUUAUCAUGGAGACGUUUCUUCCAGCUUCCUCUUCCAGUCCGCAAUUGUUCUACUAAGCAUUUGUUAUUUUUGACUGAAAGUUCUAUACAGCGACUAAAACAAAUCGAAGCAAAUGGAUCACUUAUGAGAAUUUUGGUGGAUAGUGGAGGCUGUUCAGGAUUUCAGUAUAAAUUUCAACUUGUGGAUAAAAUUCAAGAAACCGACAAAGUAAUCAAACAAGAUGACGUCACCAUAGUUAUUGACGAUGUCUCACUCGAAUUUAUCAAGGGUUCAACAAUCGAUUACGAAGAUGAAUUGAUUCGCUCUGGUUUCUGUGUUCUUAACAAUCCACAAGUUGACAAAAGUUGCUCUUGCGGUGUUUCAUUCAGUCCUAAACUUGACUGACCAAGCUAUUUCCAUAACUAACCAACUUUUUUGUCUCGUACUGUAAAUUAUGUUUCGAAUAUAGUGAUUACCUACU